UGACUGCUGAUUGACAUGCAGGGCAUUCUCUCUCUCCUUUCCUUUGGGUUCUGCUAGCUUCUCUCGUGCUUAGCUACUAGCUUGCUUGUUGUUCCUGCAAUUUUUUUUUUUUUUAAAAAAACACACGAAGUGUUAAGUUGGGGCUUUGCUUUUUGUGUGAAGGAGAGAAAAUUUGAGCACUGAGUUGAUGAGAAGAGAGAAACUAUAAUGUGUGGCGAGAGACAACGAGUUUCUGCUUGUGCUGCCUGCACCAACAACUGUCUACUGUUCCACAAAACAAAACAAACCUCACCUACCUCUUUCUUCAAGCUCAUCACUAAACGAGAACAUUUAACAACUUUGUAUAUCCCUCCUGCUUUUAGUAGUACUGUGUCAGACUUGGUUAAUAAGAAAAUUGCUCUCAAUGAUUCAAGUGAGCGGCAAUGGAAUGUAAAAGUAUCAGGGUUUAAUGGUUCUUUUGCUUUCAUGGAAGGAUGGAGUACUUUUUCAUUGAAUCAUGGGGUUAAAGUUGGAUAUCUUCUGGUAUUCAAUUACGUUAAGGAUUUGCACUUUGAUGUCAAGAUCUAUGAUCCAUCUGCUUGUGAAAAGCUUAAUUUUCCUAAAACAAGAAAUCAGAAGAAAAGAAGUAGGGGGAGAAGUGGCUCUCCAGUUAGAGAUUGUAUGUUGGUUGGUCAAGAAUCCAAUGCCUUAGUUGUCACCCAACAUUAUGUGCCGAAAAUGAAAAGCCAGCGCAGUGAGGUUGACUUAGUAGUACGAAAAAAUGGUGAAGAGAGUGGCCAACUUAUGUGCAUAUCAGAACUCCAUGAAGACCCAUGUUAUUCGACAAGCCUAGAAUUUGACCAGAGCCAUGGUGUUAAUGGGACCAUGAAAAUUGUGAAUGGAGAUUUAAAAGUUUCUAAUGUUGAUUACGGAUCUCACAUAUUUGAAAAUGAUGCAAUCGUAUGUAGUAAAGAUACUAUGUUUGAAGGGAUAUUCAGUAUGGCAGCUGCCUUAGAUAUAUCUGAAUUUGAAAUGUCUGGGAGAAGUACUUCUCUAGGUGAGGCAGACAAAAGCACACAUGACAAGACUUCAACUUUGAAUAUUGAAGAAAACAAAGAGAGCAAAGCCAUCAUGUACAGCGGGGAAGCUCAAGAGUGCCAAUUUUCCAAUGUCUUAGAAAGUGAUCAGGCUGCAAUAUCCAAAAAGGAACCUGCUUUGCAUAUUGAUGGUUCUUGCAAUACCAAAAACAAGUUCAAUGAGAUCUCAAAUCACUUAGAUACUUAUAUCCACAAUGGUGAAAUGAAGAAAUUGCCUGUGGACAAGACUCCCAAACUGUACAGUUCCGUGGAUAAAUUGAAUGUAACAGGGUUGCCAAAGGAGACUAAGGGAAAGUUGGAUCACUAUUCUGACCCAUUUAAUCAAGAUAAUGAGAGUCACUUUAAAACUGCACCUCCUCUCAUGUCCAACGGGGAAGCUCAAGAGUGCCAAUUUUCUGAGGGCUUAGAAAGUGAUCAAGCAGCAAUAUCCAAAAAAGAACCUGCUUUGCAUAUUUGUGGUUUUAGUGACACCAAACAGAACUUCGAUGGAAUCUCAAAUGACUUAGAUGGUCAUAUUUACAAUGGUGAAAUGAAGAAAUUGCCUAUGGACAUGACUCCCAAAUUGUGUGGUUCCAUGGAUAAAUUGAAUAUAACAGAGUUGCCAAAGGAGAUUAAGGACUCUGACAUAUCUAAUCAAGAUGAUGAGAGCCACUUUAAAACUGCACCCCCUCUCUCCUGUGUGGUGACCAAUGAUAAUGAUAAUGUUUCCCUUAAAUUGCCCGAAUACCUGCCUUUGACUCGCAGGGUAAAACCAUUCACGCAUAAGAAGAUGGUAGUGUUACUUCGGGAUUCACAGAUGAGAUUGUGGCCUGUCUUUUACCAUGAACAACCUCGGUUACUGACACAUGGAUGGUUAGAUUUUAGCAGAGCUAAUAACAUUCAACCUGAAGAUGAGUGUAUUUUUGAGGUUGAGCCUGACCCUGAGAGCAGGUAUCAACGUAUCUUAGCUGUAAGUAUAGUCCACAAGUCAUGAUGUUAGUUAGUAGUACAGAGAUGCAUUGCAGUGUUUUUUUUUUUUUGCCUACAGUACAUCCUAGGCUCCUAUACCACAAUGACUUCGCGGCAAUGAAAAACUGGCUUCUAUUUUGAAACCUCUAUUAUUCUUGUUCUUGUUUUA